GAUAUGUGAUGGCAGUCACGCUCGAUCUUGAAAAAGCCUACGACAUGAUCUGGAUAAAAGGACUAAUUUACAAGCUCAAAAAACUCGGCAUAAGAGGGAACAUGCUCAAGUGGAUUACCUCCUUUUUGGUCGGUCGGACAGCACAAGUAUCGUUAAAUGGAACUCGGUCCGAGCUCUUCUCCUGCCUAAACGGCACACCACAAGGAAGUGUCAUCAGCCCGUUAUUGUUCAUUAUCCUCAUUAACGACAUUGCCAAGAAACGCCGCUCCUGUAUGUCGGGAAUGUACGCCGAUGACAUCUUCAUCUGGCAGAAGCACCGAAACUUAAACUUCCUGAGAAAGAAAGUAGAAAAGGACACACAAGAUGUUAUCGUCGAGCUCAGACUAUGGGGCUUCCUAGUUUCGGCAGCAAAAACCGGAGCAAUAGUUUUUUCCAAGCGGAACAUACCCGAAAAUUUGAGCAUCACAGUAGACGGAGCUAGCAUCCAAGUGCAAAAGUCAAUCAAACUACUGGGCAUGACACUCGACAGCAAACUAAAUUGGUGCAAACAAAUAGACGACGUCGUCAGCAAGUGCUCAAAAGUUUUAAAUUUACUACGCCUCAUUUCUGGAACGAAAUGGGGCGCACACGCAAAGCCCAUGCUACAAAUCUACCAGGCCCUGAUCCGCUCAAAACUCGACUAUGGAGGAGAACUCAUCGAGUCCGCCUCUAUCACAGCAAAGAAAAAACUGGACAAAAUCCAAGCACAAGCGCUGAGAACAGUGGUGGGUGCGCCAAGGGACACUGCAACAGAAGCCCUGCUACGAGAGACGGGCGAAAUGCCCUUGCACCUUAGGAGAAAUCUCGCCAGCGUCAAACAUUAUUUAAGGUGCUACGAGGUGAAGUCUGACCUGCUAGCAGAAAAAGAAGAGUGGUUCAAAAACGCCAAGCAGUGUUUUCUCUCCAGAGUCGAGUCCGUGACAAACACCUUGGACCAUCAUCCGAAAUCAGCCGAGAAAUUAUCCAUCAGCAAGCACCCGCCAUGGCAGGCUCUGCUUCCAGAAGUUACGACGUACACACCAAACGACCUGAAAUGGCAAAAUGUGGUCCACAUUUACACAGACGCAGCAAAAUCAAAAGACGGGCGAUGUGCUGUUGCCUUUGUGGUACCAGAAAAAGUCAUCGUUGAACAGAAGCGUCUGGUGGACGGUUUGGCGACAGCAAAGUGCGAACUCGUAGCAAUACACCUGGCAGUAAAGUGGGCAGAAGCACACGCAACACUAGGGAGCUUUGUUAUCCUAACAGACUCAAAAAAGGCAUUGCAGAUACUCAACUCAAGUAGUGAAAACAACAGUGUCAAAACAAGCACCGUGGACACCUGGCGAGCACUCUCCAGAGCUGGCACAACUGUCAGCUUUUCGUGGGUAAAAGGACACAGUGGAAUAUCCGGUAACGAGCAAGCUGAUCGUGCUGCCAAAAAUGGGCUGGAACUAAAACCCAGCCUCAGCUGCAGAAGAGACACAAACGACAUCCGUGAAAACGUUGAAGACCUCCUCCUGAAAAAAUGGCAAGGCCUCUGGGACAAGCCAAAAACGGAAUGUGGACGUUUCACCCACAGACACAGUCCAGUCGUGUCAAGAAUCGCCUCCCUGUUCGGCCAGUCAAGAAGUGAGCAAGUGUUCUUAUCGCAGAUUCGCCUCGAUAUGCUGCCGCUAAACUAUCGUCUGUUCAAACGAAAAAAACAUCCGACCGGUCUCUGCAGCAACUGCGACGCCGAAGAAAAAGAAAAUGUCGAACACGUACUGCUGGCCUGCCCGGCGUACGCAAAGAAGCGAGAAGAAAUGGUGAACGUAGUGAGCGAAAACACUCCCACACUGCAAGAGCUGCUUAAUUUCAACGACGAGCAAGAGAAACCAAAAACCUAAAGCCGGUGCCCAGCAUUCUCCCUAAAACGCAUGUGCAAGUGGCGUAAAUAGGCCUGCCGGCCUGAAAACGUCAAUCCCCAUCUCCAAAAAACCAACCAACCGACAGGGAUCAGUC